AUGCCGUAUCGUCCUGUUUGGUGGUACUAUACUGCAACGUUGAGGGAACGAUUUCAGUUGGUCAGGUUGGGCGACAGCUUGGUGGUACUCUACUGCGACGUCGAGGACUGCUCGACGGAGCUCUGGUUCUUGGAAGACAUGAACGACGACACGGCGCCGCACUGGACCAGACGGUACACGUUGCAGCGCACGCCGUUUGGGGAGGACGAGCCUUCGUGUCCCUACAAUAAAUACCAUUAUCCGCUGGUGGUUCUUGACGACGGGAAGAUGCUUGUGUGGGUGGACAGGACGUCUGCCAUGAGAGCAUACAAUCCUGAAACAUGCCAGGCACAAUUUGGCGAGGCCAUCCGGGCCGAAGGAAACCUUCGCAACACCAACUCUGUCUACGACAGAAGGAGAACGGAAAAGUUGCGGAUCCCAGAAGCAGAACUCCGGACGGCGAUAGAGUAG